AUGACAGGUAUUCCGAUACAAAAUAAUCGCAUAGAACACGAAACAAUAAAUUUAACUUACAAAAGUUCAUUACGAUUUAGAGGCAAGACAAAUCUAAUAACAGAAUCAUUAUUUAACCAAGCAAAUUAUUAUUGGAUUGGUUUAAUUUCAAUCGGUAUACCAGGAAAAACUUUUAUUGUCAAUUUCGACACAGGUUCUACCGAUUUUUGGGUACCAUCAAUACAAUGCCUUUCUACUUGUGGAAAUUUAUCUGUAUUAAAUCAAGCAUUUGCUCAAGCAAACAAUAUAUCAGGUUUUAGUUCGUCAACAUUUGAUGGUGUUUUAGGUCUUGCUUAUCCAUCUCUUGGUACACCUGGCCAGAUUCCUAUUUUUUAUAAUAUGUGGCAACAAGGUCUUAUACCUAAUCCAAUUUUUUCUUUUUAUUUCAAUCCAAAUCCAAAUGCUUAUCCAGGCGGUGAACUCAUCUUCGGUGGAGCAGAUUUGACUAGAUAUUUAGGUUCAAUCACUUAUGUGGAUGUUAUUAUACUUGCCUAUUGGGAAUUUAUGAUGAACAGUGUACAAACAAACGGUAAAACAAUAUGUUCAAAUUGUCGUGCUAUUUUAGAUACUGGUACAACAUUAAUUGUUGGACCAUCAAAUCAAAUAGCAUUACUUAAUUAUGUUAUUGGUGGAACAUACGAACCAGAAACUGGAUUAUACGCAGUUGAUUGUUAUACUCGUUUAUUAUCUGAUUUUCCUGAUGUGGAAUUUUCAAUUGGUAAUAUAACAUUUACAUUAUCAGUAUUACAAUAUUUACUUAUUUUAAAAGAUGGUGAUAAUUAUGUAUGUUACACUGUUUUUCAAGGUGUUGAUUUACGUGAUAAUCGUGGAAAUCUAAUAUGGAUUCUUGGUGAUUAUUUUCUUAGUCGUUUUUAUUCGAUUUAUGAUGUUAAUCGUAAUCAAAUUGGUCUUGCUAAGUCUAUAUCAUAUAAUUAUUUACAAAUACAUCCGAAGUCAUUAUUUAGCAAUUCCAGUAAUAAAAAUUAUUUUCAAGAUGUUUUUCUAUUAUUGAUUUUUAUUAUUAAUCUUGUUAUAAGAAAUGUUUUUUUUUCUAAAUAA